AAACAAAACAAGACAAAACCCAACAAAACAAAAUUCUCUUUGCUGUUUUAUGCUUUUUCCUGCAUUACCAAGAGUUCUCCCUGCUGGUCAAGCCUGGUGUAGCCUGUGUUUGGUGUUGCCAGGAGACUUCUCAAAAACAGAAACAAGCGUCAACUGUACAUUCUGUCCCCCUGCAACACAUCCAAUUAUGGAAGUUAUGGAAAACUCAGAUGAGCUUUUAAAUACAAUUCAUUAGAUGGACCAGUCUAAUGAGAAGGAGAGGCUGAAGAUGAGAAUUGCUGUUCUGGAGCAGAGUGUAAAGUCCUGUGAGGUGGAGUGCAGAGCCAGCAGAGAGACAGUCCUGAGGCUGGUGGCUGAGCUGGACCGAGAGAGGAGGAAGGCUGCGAGCAGUGUCGCAGCACUCGAUUCACUCAAAGUGGAGCUAGAUGGCCUGAUGAUGGGAAGGAGGAGUGUUGAAAUGGAGACGCAGACCCUAACAGAGAGACUUGAGGCCAGUAAGAGAGUGAUAGAGGCAGCUAGACAAGAGUCAAACUGUUUGGAGAAACAGGUGGAGGAGCUUGAAAGAAAGCUCCAAGCCAGCCAAGGAGAGACCCAGGCUGCCGAAGAGAAAAGAGAAAUAUUCCUAAAAAAGGUGGCAGGUCUGCUGCAGGGGAAAUCGGAAAACAUUAUCCUGCCCACCGAGGAAGUAAUUUUACAAAAACUGGAUAAGCUGACUCUGCAGACCAUGACAGAGAUGGAGGCCAGGCUGUGUCAUGUCUCCGAGGAGCUGAGUAAGCAGACAGAGCUCCAGCAUGGCACACUACAGAGGGCUCAGCUUGCAGAGCAGCAAGUCCAAGACCUCAGGGAGGGACUGCAAGGUCUGGAGAACGAGCUGUUGACAGCGGACAUGCAUCUUGAUGGGCUCCGACAAAGCAAACAUCAUUAUGAGGAGUUCCUGGAGCAGCUCUCAGAGACAAUGAAAGUCGACAGUAUUGCUGUGGAUCUAGGCUUUGACAUGAGGCUCAAACUCAUCCUGGCACGCGCAGAACAACUUGUCAAACAAGAAGGAACUGCUUUAGUGGAGAGCAAAAGUCUGACCUACGGUCUACAGCGAAAGUUAAAGUCACAGAAGGACCAGCUAGAGAGCAAAGGGCUCCACAUCCAGCUCCUGAGGAAGAAGCUUUCAGAGCUGGAAGAGGAGAAGAGGAGCCGAUCAGCACUGGCUGUGGAACGAGACGAUGUUCAUCUGGAGACCAGGAGGCUGCAGAAAAAACUGGAGCGCCUGCAAGGCGAGCUGAGAGCCACAAAGAUGUCCAACACUGAGCUCAAGGCCCAGCUCUCUCACACUAAUGAACUCAAGUUGAAAGUCAUGGAACAGAGUCAGACCAUGCAGGAGCAGGACAAGAGGCUGGAUCAGCUGGUGAAGGGGAAGGCCAAGGUGGAGAAGAAGCUGAGUACAGUGAGCGCAGACCUACAGAACCAAGAGCAGAAGACCAGAGAGGAGCAGCAACAACUCAGACAGAGCUUGGCUCAGCUGUCUGAGAGGGAGCACGAGCUGCUGGAUUUCCGGACUCUUGUUUCCCAGAUGCUUGGUCUGGAUGCCACAGACCUGACUCUGCCAAACUAUGAAAUCAUCAGUUUACUGGAGAGCCUUCUUCACAGUCAUCAUCACCAUCAUCAUCAUGUGGAUAUGCCCUGGCACUGUCCUAUUCACCAGAGACCUCCUCUCCCUCCGGUCUGUGACCUUCCUGACAGCUCCACCUUGGAUGUUUCUUGCUCUGGGUCUGCUUGUCCAGAGGACGCAGUUCCCCUUUAAAAAAAACCUGGAUUCAUACAUUAUAACCUACUUAUGUCAAACUGCACUUAAAGGGAUGUUACUGUUGUCUAAAAAGUAUCUACAAACAGACCUUUUACAGUAUGAAAUAAUCUCUCAACAACCAUGUUCAUCUAAUUGUGUUUCAGGGGAAGCUUAGUAUAAAUAAGAUUAGCCAGUAAUUCACUGAAAAAUAUCAGAAAUGUGCAAUCACAUAAAUAAAAUCAAAUAAAAAGACAAGUA